GAGGAGAUCCCUGAAGUCCCACAAGUGCUUGAGCUUCCGGAAGAGACCAAAGAAGAGGAUAUUCCUACUGACGAUGGUAAGCCACGUAAAAUUAAAACAACCAAACGUACCAUUAAAAAACAAUUAGGUCCAAAACUCGAAACAACAGAAAUCACUUCAACACAAAUAGAUGACGAAACACCGUUCAUUACAGUACACACAACAGAGGAAACACUCGAUGACACUACAUCUCCACUUGACACUUUACACGACACACAAAAUGACACAUUACUAGAACAACAACAAGGUAAAGUGAUCGAAGAAGAACCCGAACAAGUACAGAUCGAUCAAGUGAAGACGGAAAGUGGUGAAACGCAGCAGGUGAAGACAAUCAAGCGAGUGAUUAAAAAGCGUAAAGGACCCAAGAAAGAAGUAACUGAGAUAACAACGAUUGAAAAGGAAGGCGAAGAACCUGUCACCAGUAUUGUCGUGAAAGAAGAACCUGCUCCAGAUUUUGAGGAGAUCCCUGAA